UCGGAAAUCAUCAGAGGAAGACAGGGAAAGCUCACUCUAACUGGGCUGUAAGUCUGGGACCUGCUCACGUGACUUCAAAGAAGCAGGAGGGACAGCAGGGAUGGAUGAAUGGAAGGGUAGAGUAGAAUGUAUUGGGGGGGCUGCAGCACGUGGGAGGGUUUGGGCAGAGCUGGCCGCUGUUGUCGCCGCUGCUGCCUCUUCCGCUAGGCCGCGGCAUGGCUCCCCGGCGCCCCGGGCCCCCCACCCCCAAGCCAGAGGACAGCGAGCCUGCAGCCGCCAUCGCCUCUCGGCGCUCCCAUGAUCGCCCAGUGCCUUUCGGCUGUGCGAGGCCUCCACAGAGUUGGUGGUUCCAAGAUUUUAUUCAGAAUGACUUUAGGAAGAGAAGUGAUGUCUCCUCUUCAGGCAAUGUCUUCCUAUACUGCAGCUGGCAGAAAUGUUUUAAGAUGGGAUCUUUCACCAGAGCAAAUUAAAACAAGAACUGAGGAGCUCAUUGCACAGACCAAACAAGUGUACGAUGCUAUUGGAAUGCUUGACAUUGAGGAAGUAACUUACGAGAACUGUUUGCAGGCACUGGCAGAUGUAGAAGUGAAGUACAUAGUGGAACGAACCAUGCUAGACUUUCCCCAGCACGUCUCCUCGGACAAAGAAGUACGAGCAGCAAGUACAGAAGCAGACAAAAGACUUUCUCGUUUUGAUAUCGAGAUGAGCAUGAGAGAAGAUAUCUUUCUGAAAAUUGUUCAUUUAAAGGAAACCUGUGAUCUGGGAAAGAUAAAGCCUGAAGCCAGGCGAUAUUUGGAAAAAUCAGUUAAAAUGGGAAAAAGGAAUGUGCUCCAUCUUCCGGAACAAGUGCAAAAUGAAAUAAAAGCAAUGAAGAAAAGGAUGAGUGAGCUAUGUAUUGACUUUAACAAAAACCUCAAUGAGGAUGAUACCCUCCUUGUAUUUUCCAAGGCUGAACUUGGUGCUCUUCCUGAUGAUUUCAUUGACAGUUUAGAAAAGACAGAUGGUGACAAGUAUAAAAUUACCUUAAAAUAUCCACACUAUUUUCCCGUCAUGAAGAAAUGUUGUAUCCCUGAAACCAGAAGGAAGAUGGAAAAGGCUUUUAAUACAAGAUGCAAAGAGGAAAACACCAUAAUCCUGCAGCAGCUACUCCCACUGCGGGCCAAAGUAGCCAAACUGCUUGGCCAUAGCACGCAUGCUGACUUUGUCCUUGAAUUGAAUACUGCAAAGAGUACAAGCCACGUAACAGCCUUUCUAGAUGAUUUAAGCCAGAAACUAAAACCCUUGGGUGAAGCAGAAUGAGAGUUCAUUUUGAAUCUGAAGAAAAAGGAGUGUGAAGAGAGAGGUUUUGAAUAUGAUGGGACAAUCAAUGCCUGGGAUCUACAUUACUACAUGACUCAGACAGAAGAACUCAAGUACUCUGUAAACCAAGAGAUCCUCAAGGAAUACUUCCCAAUUGAAGUGGUCACUGAAGGCUUACUGAACAUCUACCAGGAGCUGUUGGGACUUUCAUUUGAGCAAGUGACAGAUGCUCAUGUUUGGAAUAAAAGUGUUACACUUUACACUGUGAAGGAUAAAGCUACGGGAGAAGUAUUAGGACAGUUCUACUUGGACCUCUAUCCAAGGGAAGGAAAAUACAACCACGCAGCCUGCUUUGGUCUCCAGCCUGGCUGCCUCCUGCCUGAUGGGAGCCACAUGAUGUCCGUGGCUGCCCUCGUGGUGAACUUCUCACAGCCACUAGCAGGUCGUCCCUCUCUCCUGAGACACAAUGAGGUGAGGACUUACUUCCAUGAAUUUGGUCAUGUCAUGCAUCAGAUUUGUGCACAGACUGACUUUGCACGAUUUAGUGGAACAAAUGUGGAAACUGACUUCAUAGAGGUGCCGUCACAAAUGCUUGAAAAUUGGGUGUGGGACGCUGAUUCCCUCCGAAGACUGUCAAAACAUUAUAAAGACGGAAGCCCUAUUACAGAUGAUUUGCUUGAAAAACUUGUUGCUUCUAGACUGGUCAACACAGGUCUCCUGACCUUACGCCAGAUUGUUUUGAGCAAAGUAGAUCAGUCUCUCCACACUAACACUUCGCUGGAUGCUGCAAGUGAAUAUGCCAAAUACUGCACUGAAAUUCUAGGUGUUGCAGCUACUCCAGGCACAAAUAUGCCAGCAACUUUUGGACACUUGGCGGGGGGCUACGAUGGCCAGUAUUACGGAUAUCUCUGGAGUGAAGUUUUUUCCAUGGACGUGUUUUACAGCUGUUUUAAAAAGGAAGGGAUAAUGAAUCCGGAGGUUGGAAUGAAAUACAGAAACCUAAUCCUGAAACCUGGGGGAUCUAUGGACGGCUUAGAUAUGCUCCAGAAUUUCUUGAAACAUGAGCCAAACCAAAAAGCAUUCCUAAUGAGUAGAGGCCUGCAUGCUCCGUAAACUGGGGAUCUUUGGGAGCCGUCCAUGUCUGGAGGACAAGCUGACAUCACCAUGCGUUACUGGCCUGGAAACUGAAGGGAG